GGGAAGUGAUUUGCGCUGAGUCCUUGCAUUUGUUGUACGCUUUCUUCGUAAGAGUACUCGCAAAAUGGUGUAAAUUGUGUAGCGAAAAGUUCCACUGACUAGCAAUGGAUUGUACAGAGGAAGAGGACACUCCUCGGCUUAGUCCGAUGCCGAGGGAUAUUCUGGCUCUGCCUGCGCGAGAGGUUCUUUCAUAUACGAAAAUUCGUGAUCCCUUGUCACUUCAGCUGAACAUGGUGGGCGCCUUGAAAAAUUGGAAAGACGUGGCCGAUUUGCUUGGGUAUUCUGCUGAGAGAAUCCUCGGUUAUUUCGCUCACAAUUCUCGACCUGGAUUACUGUUAUUGGAAGACUGGAUAUACAAAAAGAAUGGUGUUCUUGAGACACUUGUGAAUAUCUUGAGCGAACUGGAGUUUUAUUCUUGUCUGGGAGUAAUUCGCGAAUGUGUGGAAGAUUAUCAAAGAAAGUCUGGAACAGUUAGCAGGCAGAAUGGAGUUGAUAAUGAUGAUGAUGGGAUGGGUGAUGUACAGGGAAUCCAACCUGAAUAUGGAGGUUGUUGUGUAAGUGAGGACAGUUCAGUUGUUUCAUCAACAGACUUAGAAUUUACAAACCACACUUUGUUUACGUCACCUGAGUUCUCAACAAGUCCUCUACCAUCUGCAGUUGCAAAUUUAAAGGAUAAGACUUCUGGGGGUAUAAGUGUGCAUGACAAAGACCUGCAAGGGAAGAGUCUUAGUAGCACUAACUUAUGUGUGCCAAGCAGAGUUGCCGAAGAAGGGGGCACCACUACAGGAAGGCCUGGACUUUUUAGGUAUAGCUCUUGGUCACCAGAUGCACAUCUUGAGAAUGAAGACCUGCUUAAGUCUAACCAAGGUGGAAAGGACUAUAUGCGUUCAAAUUCCCAUGAACCAAAGAGUAAAUUGAAGGAUAGGAAGAAAUCUUUUCGGAAAAAAAUUGCCAAUAUGUUUUCUACAAAGAGACACAAGAGAUCAUCUGAACCAUCUAACAAUGAAGGAAACUCCUCAUUGGUAAGCUCUGGUGAAUCCAACUCAGACACAUCCAUGGUGACGUCAUUCACAGCAUCAGACUCUUACAGGGAAUCUGUCCAAAAUCCAAAAGAAAAUCUCUCUCCCCUUAAAGUAGAAGAGGCAAGGAGGUUGUCCAAUUCAGACAGUGUGAGCUCAGGAGAAUCUGCAGCUUCCCCAACAUCCCUAGGAUAUGAGUCAGGAUACACGUCAUCCCCAGAAGCUCCGAUAGGUUCUGGAAAAACCAUCUCCAUCAUUCACUGUUCGCACCUGGAAGGAAAAGCCUUUCAAGAGGAGGUUUCUAAAUUGUACUAUCAUUUUAGCAAAAACUUGGGAUACAAGUGCCAUUUGGACAAGCUGGAGCUUGUUGAAGUUGCUGAAAAUAUGUUCCGCUGGGCUAUGAAAAGUGUCCAGCAGAGUAAUUUUGUAUUCAUCUGUGUUUCUCCAGAACUGAAGAAAAUUUUUGAUUUGCCCUCCAAAGAAAUCAGUGACAGUCUUGAAGAUGAUGAGGCAUGUAUGGUUCGACUUGAAUCUGACUUAAUACUGGCUGAGCUUGCCACGAAUGCAAGCAACCGAAAAGGAAAGUACAUGACAAUCUUGCUGAAAGGAUCAUCCAAAAGAGAUGUUCCAAGCUUCCUGAGCUUAUAUUUGAAGUACCAGUGGCCAGAUGAAGAACGGAGGAUCAGAUGCAUAAUAGAAGGAAAACCUGAGAUUGUUCCCGUACCUGUUAGCAGUGUCAAGACUGAUCCAGCCCCUAAGGUGGUUGAGCCUGCCAAAAUUCCAAGUUAAGGGACAAGGAAACAUAUGCUAUUGCUGUACCUGUUAGAGUCUCGCUUACAUUCAUCAUUUGGCAAACAGAAAAAGCCAAAGAAGUCACCAAUUUUUUUUAAUUGCAGAUUGAGGAUUGACUUACUUCAUACUUUGUGAAAGUAUGCAAAAUUAUGCAUAUUCUGUAAAAAUACUGUACUGUACUUGUAGAAAAGGGUUAGGAACCCAGCAUUGUAUAGAUGUGUUCACUUUAUAAAGCCAGCAUGGUAUCGUCAGUGAUAUCAAAGUAUAUCAAAACCUUGCUUAUGACCUUGAUUCCAGGUGCCUAUUUUAGAACUCCAGGGUUGAAUUAAGAAUGAAGCAAAUUACAUAUGCUCUUUUUACUGUAUGACAGGCUAUUGCAUAUACAGAUCUUUGGGUGAUUUUAAUCAGUGCUCUUCACCAAAAUAUUUUUGUACUAAAAUUGUAGGGAGAAUUUAAGAAGUGAUCAUUCAUGAAAGUGAAAAAGUUUCAAUACAUCCUCCUGUACAUGGUAUGAUAGUAAGAUUGUAUGAUGGAUUCCAUAUACAGGUAUAUUUUGAUGAGUCCAAGCAGUGUGAAUUUUUAGUUGGAUCAAAAGAUCAACAAUUUGAACUGUUUUUAUCCAGAAGAUGCAAUAUCUUUAUUGCCAAAUGGAAUACUUUUAUGAAGGUACUGUACAAGUGUUUGUAGAGAAUGAAAGAAUGACCAAUUGUGUAGACAGAUGCGAAGAAGCAUACUCCUGCUUUUGCUUACUCAUCUCGUAGAAAACAGUGGUGUGGAGGAGAACAUGGAAUGUAUAAAAUAUGUUCCCUCUUCCAUAUGAUGUUAUGCUAUAUUUUGAAGUACAUGUACAUGUAGGCUUGUGGCAAUGUAGCUACAGUUGUAUUGUGGAUGCUGUAAAAGCACACAUGCGCAAAGACGACCGUGUUAAUCGUAUGUUUUGACCAUAUUUAUAGACUAUGUUAAUCGUGCAAAUUCAGACUGAAUAAAUUCUUCAGCAGGUUCCAAAUUUAAGGGUUUUUCAAUUGCUUGUAUACAUUGAUUGACUCAAAAAAUUAGCUGAUAUCAGAAAGUAGCUAUUAGGUAAGUAAUAGUUACCACUCUUUGGAAUAAUUAUUUUCCUCAGGCGCAUUGCAUCUCUUGCAAUAAUCCAAUGAGUCCCAUACAGAGAUAUUUUCAUGUGCAAGAUUUACUUUUUGUUCUUGAAAUGCCCCACUAGGCUUGGAUUGUUUAAUUUGACUACUAAAUGGUCUCUCAUGUGGUCAAAUUCAAGCCUGCGUGCGUUUUCAAUGUGCUGUUUGUAUGUGUCACUACGGUGCUAAUGAAUGUUUCAUGAGGAAGCUUUUUUUGUACAUGAACACUUGCCAGCCUCUAUUUCAUGUUUUACAUGUAGGGUAGAGAUGUACCUAGAUGUACUUACACUGAUUCUGUAAGGAGCAGUGGUCUUAAUAUACCCAAUAAUGACCAUUUCGUCGAUAUUUGACAGUACAUAAUAAAUAUUGUGAUUAGACUCAGCACAUGAAACCCCUAGGGUGAAUGCCUAGUACAGAUCUUUUAGACUGUUUCUAUUCCCAGUUAUAGACAACUGGACAAAAUAAUGUAUUCAUCUCUUAUGGUUUGAGAAAUUGUUUAUGUGUAAAUAUUAAUUCAAUUCAUUUUAAUUGUUUUUCCUCGAUAUUACAAUUAAAUCCUGGUUUUAAGCUCCCA